CUGCUACCAACCACUCGAUCACGUACUCCAUCUCCUCACUAUCGAACUGCUAUUCGACGUUCCCCAUCACCUCCAUCUCCGUCGAGUCGUUAUGCCAGCUAUCGUAAGUUCGCUAAUUUACUCCUCAUCCGGUCAUACCAGAAACAACUCGUCACAGAUUUCUUCAGCACACCUUCACCUCAACCGUUGAGCGAAGAAGACGAACCGAUGUCGAGUUCGGUACGUCAACGACGUUUACCUCUAAUAGGUUCCAUUCCUCGUGCCUCGUUACUCUCACCAAACAGUAAUGAGUAUUAUGCUGGCUCAAUGUUCCCUCCCCCACAACGCUUCAGACGUCCCCCUCCACCUCCGUCCACCUACUGCACACCUCCGACUGAUAUACCCUCUCCGUCACCUGCGUCUUCGAUCGAUUAUCAACUAUACGCACCAAACAUUCAUGCCGCUUCAACGCCACGUCUAUCGCCCGGCUAUAGACGUCCUGGAUAUUUCGGUGAUGGUGCACCGCCUUUUGCAAGUACCACGUCGACAAGCACUGGUGCUCGAGUGAGCGGUGAUGCAACGUCACGCACCCAUACACGCAUCAUACAAGCACAGCCUGCCAACGUACCACUCAGUGAUUCUGAUAAUGAUGAUGAACCAAAAUGGGCAAUUGUUUAG